GUCGACGUGAUGGUGACAUGCUAGCAGCUGUACUCCACGCGUUUGAUAGAGGAUCGAAGAUUUCGCAAGUCGAUACUUCGCUCGAUCCACUGUAUCCACCUGUUACCAAGACUUUUCCUGAUGAUAAUAAAGUGGCACUAUGUCCUCGACGUGGUGAUGAUAUGUUAGCAGUUGCAUUCCACUGA